GCCUGUCCGAGAGCAAUGGCUGGAAAUGAUGGCAAAUUCUUGCAUAUUCCUGUUCUCGAUGGAGAUGGCCGGGUCGCUGCUUGCUUGGAUGUUCUGCAUCUUACUCAUGCAGCCAUUUCAAUGUUUGAAGGAGGUCCUGGGACAGCAAAUGAUGUGGCGAACACAAUGAUGCAGAAAUUCUGGAACUCCGCUCUUGCUCUAGAGCUUCCAGACGAGGAUUUUGAUAGUCACAGUGAUUUAUCUUUAGUAACGCCAUCAGAGGCUGGGGAUGGCUGGAGCAGUAUGUAUCCUCCUGCUGUUGGUAAUUCAUUUGUCUUUAAACUUCGGGAUCAGAAUGGACGUUUGCAUAGAUUUACUUGUGGGUCUAAGAGUUUAGAUGAGUUGAUAUCUUCUAUAAUGCAAAGAUUAGGCAUUGGUGGUGAUAAGAGCACAGUUCAACUUUUGUAUGAGGAUGAUGAAGGUGACAAGGUGCUCCUGACUACAGAUUCUGAUCUUGCUGGUGCUGUGCUCAAUGCCAAAUCAUCUCGAUUAAAGGCUUUGAAGUUGCAUAUUGACGACUCUGAUUCCAAAAACAAAGUAGCAGCACAACAAUUGUCAGAGCUAGAACCAUCCCACGGAAUUCAGUUGAUGGAUGUUCAUUAUGGUCUGAUGACUUGCCCUCCAGAAGGAAGAUCUUUUAUUAAAGAGGAAUCAUGUUGCCAUAAUGUAGAAGUAGAGCACCAAUUAUGUUUAUCCCAUUUGAAAACUUGCUAUGUUGUGUUUAUUGUAGUAGCAGAUUACAGAUCAACUAUGUGUUGUAGUUUCAUAUUGAACCUUUAUAGUUGCAGUUGUAAUUGAUGUAGCAGGCUAAAAAGACCUGCUUAAAAAAAUUAAUCCAAGCUCCGGAAAGUAUCA